UCGGACAAAAUGUGACCACUAAAACAGGGGGGGAGGGGGUCAAAAAAAAGUUUGGACGUCCACUUAUUUUAUUUUUUUUUUCUUAUCGUACGAGACGUUAUAGUCGGUAAAGGUCAACCGAGUAAUUGCACACAUUUCGAUCUAUUGUUUAAGUUCUAAUUGUUUGACUUCGUGACAUGUGUUCAAUUUAGAUUGGACGUCAGUGAAAAAUAUUUUUUAAGUUUGAAAAUAUGGAUAAAUACUCCUUAUUUAAAUCGUUAUUGGAUGCGUUUUCGAAAGCGUAUCCGUUAAAAACAAAACAGCAACAUCAGUGCGAUGUUUCCAAAGUAUGGAACGAAAUAAAGAAACAAAAAAAUUAUUCUGAGCUAGUUUCCAAGAAAAUAGUGGAAUACAAAGAGAAAUCGCUAAAAUCAAAAGCGAAUUUAUUUCAUUUGUGGAACUCCAAAAGCAAUGCAUCCGUCCAAUUAAAUUCUAAUGAGCAGACAGACUCGAAUCCGCAAAAUAAUACUGGCGAAAUAUUGAAUUUAUCGAAUUCUUUUGAAGAAUUAGCAGUGGACGUAACUCCAAGUCAUCCUCCGAGUCACGGAAAUACUAAAGAAACCAAGUCGACAUUCCACAACAAGGCAAACGAUCGGACCCCAGCCCAAUUAAAAUUGCAGCAAGAAUCUGCUUGCCUAACAGCUGAAAUUGUGGCAUUGUCAAAAAGGAAGGAAAGUGGCCUUUUCACGAGUGAUAUGCGAGCCGAACUGAAAAAGAAACGCGAGAAACUAUCAUCUCUCCAGAAGAAGCUUUGUGUAAAACGACGUGAUAUGUUCAGGAAACGUAAAAGUCGUCACAAUUUUAAGGCAAAAUUAUCCAAAAUAUGCGACAGUAAUCCGGACGUCAAGAAAGCGUUAAAGAUUCGAAAUUCUACUGGCCGACCUCGAUUAGAAGUUGAACAACCAGAGCUGCUGAAGACGAUAAUUGCUAUUGCGAUACACGGGUCUGCGUCUCAUGAUAAGCGGCGUGAGGAUAUGUUUCGGUCAAUUAGGACGUUGACUGAACUUAAAGAAAAGUUGAAUGAUGAGGGUUUCCAGAUUUCAAGAGCCGCUACGUACCUUAGGCUACUGCCACGAAGGUCUAACACUCAAGAAGGAAAACGUCAUGUAACAACAGUUCCCGUCCGUUUAUGCAAAACACAAGCGCGAGAACGAAACUGUAAUCAGAAAAUUGCGACCGAAGCGUAUUGCUGCUGUUCGAGCGCGGGAAGCCCUGGCAAUUAUAAACUACGACGAUGAAAUGGAAGACGCUGAAUGGCAUCGAAAGGAAGAUCUAGACCUGGAUGGUCUUGAUAUUCCUCAAGAAGAGACAACAAACGGGAAUAUUGUUAUGCCUGUCGAAACUUGCUUGUACAACGAGUGGUCGGAAGAUGUGUAAAUUGUGUUUUGUGGAAGAUGUGUUUUUAUUAAAUAAAAUUUUGAUUUGAAUCAAUUUCGAAUUUUUUGUGGACGUCCUUCAGGGGGGGAGGGGGUAUGGUAAAUCGGACAUAUUGUGA